GCGGUUGACAACAAUGUCAUGAUGAGAAGCACACAACAGAACAGAAGAUCCAAGAAAAAGAAAAAGAACAACUCAUUUUAGUUUAUUACCAUGGGAACUACUGCAGGAAAGAACGUGGGCGAUGGCACCUAUCGACGCAAGGCAUAUCAUGCUGGAUCUUGGUAUGAAGACGAUAAGCAGGCGCUGGGUCAAACGCUGCAGGGGUAUCUGGAUGCAGCUGCUUCCGAAAUUAGCAACAGCAGCAGCCACAACAACGUUCGGGCGGUGAUUGCACCUCAUGCGGGAUAUCGGUACAGUGGUCCUACGGCAGCGUAUGGGUAUCUGCAGUUGGAACGGGCACUGAAUAGUUCUACCGAUCAUCCCUGCGAACACAUUUUGGUCCUCCAUCCGGCUCAUCACGUCUAUCUACAAGGAUGUGCCGUGUCGGGGGCUAGCGAACUGGAAACUCCACUGGGAAAUCUACCCGUCGAUGACGAAUUACGAAAGGAAAUCUUGGCAUUAUCCUCCAAGUUCACUGUCAUGGAUGCCAGUACGGACAAUGAAGAACACAGUGGCGAAAUGCAAUACCCGUACUUGGCCAAAAUUCUCUUGUCCAUGAAGCAGCCUCCUUCCGUAUUACCAAUCAUGUGUGGUGCCUUGUCCACGUUUCAAGAAGAAUUGUUUGGAAACCUGCUGGCACCCAUUAUUGCCAGACCCAAUGUCGUGUGCGUCAUUUCCUCCGAUUUUUGCCAUUGGGGGUCUCGGUUUCGUUAUCAACCCAUCAGUAAGGACGGCAGUAUCCCCAUUCAUCAAUUCAUUCAAGAAAUGGAUCAUCGGGGGAUGGAUCUCAUUGCUAUGAAAGAACCCGGAGCCUUUGCCGAAUACUUGAAAAAGACCAAGAAUACCAUUUGCGGGAGACAUGCCAUUGCCGUGUGGCUUCAAGCCAUUGCCAGCAAGGACCAUUCGGGAUUGACCGUCAACUUUGUCAAGUAUGCACAGAGCAGUGCAGUAAAAACGAUGCAAGACAGCAGUGUUAGUUAUGCCAGCGCCGUCGUGAUGGCGUCCACGGCUUGAUUUUAUUCAAGUGGAACAGUGUAGGCAGGAGCAUGAUACCCUUGCCUUUGGGAUGCCCUCGUAGGAAAGAAGGUUCAAUGUGUCAAACAGCCUUUGGCUAACACUCAACGCUCUUACAAAAUCUGAUCAAACGAAUGAGCAAAGUUAUUCAAAACUUGGGCUUUGGUAAAUUGGCACUGCUAAAGAAGGUUGUCGGGCUACAUUUCCAUUCCUCAAAAGUCUCUUGCACCUCUAGCUAGCUACAUGAGCCAGGUAGGUACCUGGUGGUAUUGUUGAUGUUGCUUGAAUGGCAAACAGACCAGAGCCCCCGAUUGAAACGUCCACUGUAGCAAUUCGAAGGAACGGUUGCAUUUGCUAUAGAAUCUUAGCAAACGCAAAAUUGACGUGUUGUCUGGGUUGAUUUGGGCGCGUUCAAAUAUUUGCACACUAGACUACUAUCCAUCAGCAGGGACGGUAGCCUCAAGACUGAACCACCAUGCGGGUAGCCUCCUUUUCCAAGUCCUCCUCGCAACUAUUCGAGGCAAAACUAGAAACUCUGCUUCACUCGAUGUAGCAGUCUUCAUUCCAUCAGUCCACUGCACCACACACUAUCGAUAGAAGAGAGAGAGCGAGCCCCUUUCUCGUACCGCUAGGGGUACUACUGGCCAUGCAUAGUAUCCAACCAACUCAUUCGUACCGCAGCCGGCUUUGCUGCACUCGAGCCACUACUAUCUAGCUUUCUUGAUAACCUUUUCGUGCAGCACUUCACUGUGUGUCAAAUGCUCCGUUCAGCUAGCUCGUUGCGUGCAAGUCCCGUC